CCCGCCGCACGCACCCCGUAUUAUCAUACCGCCUCCUGUUCCCGCCGCAGCCCCCGCGACCGACAGGUUCACCCCGAGAGCGAUGCGGCGAGACGCGGCCGUCGCCCCCGCGGCGGUCGUGACCUCGCCGCAGAUCGCGGCCGGCGGGACAGAAAUGGGGAAUGCCGAGGCGGUGGCCAUCGAAGUCGACUCGGCGCCAGCGCCAGCGUCGGCGGCCAUCGACAUCGACCUCGAAGCGGGGGGCGCGUCCCACGGCGUGGCGUGCCGGAUCUGCCACCUCAGCCCCGAGGGCGGCGACGGGCCUGGGUCGGAGGUGAUCCGGCUCGCCUGCUGCUGCAAGGAGGAGCUCGGCCACGCGCACCGACAAUGCGCCGAGGCGUGGUUCCGGAUCAAGGGCGAUAGGCGCUGUGAAAUUUGUGGUUCAGAGGCCAAAAACAUUACUGGCCUGGAAGUGAAAAAAUUCAUGGAGGAAUGGCAUGGGCGAAGAAUGGCAACUACCGGGGCUAUGGUAGAGAGGGAAAGCACUUGCUGGCGGCGGCAGCCGUUUUGCAACUUCUUGCUAGCUUGCUUACUGAUUGCUUUCAUGCUUCCCUGGUUUUUCCGUGUAAAUAUAUUGUGAGUUAUGCUGCUGGAACUGGGUCAUGUGGAAUCACACGAAUUGUACAGAAUUUAUAGGCAGAAUCACAACACAGUUCCUCAAGUUUUUUUUCUCUCAAAAUUGUCCAUCUGGGUAUUUGUCCUCUUACACUCAUUACUUAAAAUCCAAAUACCCCUGUUUGGUAAUAAAUGUUGAUUUGAGAUUCUAAAA